AUGAUUUUUCGAUAUUUUAUACUAGGUAAUCUAGUAUCCUUAUGCAUGAAGAUAAUCAAUUCCGUCGUUGUGGUCGGACUCUAUUAUGGAUUUCUGACCACAUUUUCCACGGGGCCCUCUUAUCUCUUCUUUCUCCGAGCUCGGAUUAUAGAAGAAGGAAUCGAGAAGAAAGUAUCAGCAACAACUGGUUUUAUUACGGGACAGCUCAUGAUGUUCAUAUCGAUCUAUUAUGCGCCUCUGCAUCUAGCAUUGGGUAGACCUCAUACAAUAACUGUACUAGCUCUACCGUAUCUUUUGUUUCAUUUCUUCUGGAACAAUCACAAACACUUUUUUGAUUAUGGAUCUACUACCAGAAACUCAAUGCGUAAUCUUAGCAUUCAAUGCGUAUUCCUGAAUAAUCUAAUUUUUCAAUUAUUCAACCAUUUCAUUUUACCAAGUUCAAUGUUAGUCAGAUUAGUCAACAUUUAUAUGUUUCGAUGCAACAACAAGAUAUUAUUUGUAACAAGUAGUUUUGUUGGUUGGUUAAUUGGUCACAUUUUAUUCAUGAAAUGGGUUGGAUUGGUAUUAGUCUGGAUACAGCAAAAUGAUUCUAUUAGAUUUAAUGUACUUAUUAGAUCUAAUAUGGCUCGAAUCUUUAGUAUUCUCUUAUUUAUUACCUGUGUCUACUAUUUAGGCAGAGUACCGUCACCCAUUAUUACUAAGAAACUGAAAGAAACCUCAGAAACGGAAGAAAGGGGGGAAAGCGAGGAAGAAACAGAUGUAGAAAUAGAAACAACUUCCGAAACAAAGGGGACUAAACAGGAACAAGAAGAAUCCACUGAAGAAGAUCCUUCUCCUUCUCUUUUUUCGGAAGAAAAGGAGGAUCCGGACAAAAUGGAUGAAACAAAAGAGAUCCGAAUGAAUGGAAAGGGAAAAACAAAGGAUGAAUUCCACUUUAAAGAGACACGCUAUAAAAAUAGACCAAUUUAUGAAACUUCUUAUCUAGAUGGGAAUCAAGAAAAUUCGAAGUUAGAAAUAUUUCAAGAUAAAAAGGAUAAAGAGAUAUUCUGGUUUGAAAAACCUCUUGUUAAUAUUCUUUUCGACUAUAAACAAUGGAAGCGACCAUUCCGAUAUAUAAAAAAUGAUCGAUUUGAAAAUGCUGUAAAAAAUGAAAUGUCACAAUAUUUUUUUCAUACGUGUCAAAGUGAUGGAAAAGAAAGGAUAUCCUUUACGUAUCCGCCAAGUUUAUCAACUUUUUUUGAAAUGAUACAAAGAAAGAUGUCUUUUUUUACAAUAGAAAAGAUUUCCUAUAAUGAACUGUAUAAUCACUGGAAUUAUACCAAUGAACAAAAAAGGAAGAACAUAAGCAACCAAUUUUUAAAUAGAGUCGAAAUUCUAGAUAAUAGAUUCCUUCCUCUGGAUAUAAUCGAAAAAAGAAUUAGAUUGUGUAAUUGUAAUAAUGAGACUAAACAAGAAUAUUUACCUAAAAUAUGUGAUUCUUUAUUUAACGGACCCUUUCGCGGACAAAUCAAAAAACUAUUUUUCCUCCCAAUCAUAAAAACUUCUCUAGCUAUAAAACAUUACAUAGAGACAAUUUGGAUAAAUAAGAUUUAUGGCAUCCUUCUUACUACCAAUUACACAGAAUUUUACCAUAAAUUCAAUUUAUUUGAUCGAAAAUCAUUAUCAACAGAAAUGAGUUAUUUCUUAAACAUAAUUAGCAAGUUUGGAGGAAAAUCAACAUCAAAUUUUAAUUUGAAAGGACUUUAUUUAUUUCCGGAAAACAAAGAAGUAAGAAUUAAUCCAGAAGAUCCAAUUCAAAUUUUAAAAUUUUUAAUCAAUGCAGUUAUAACUGAUACUAAGGAUAAAACAAUUAGCAAAGAAUAUAUUGGAAUAAAAGAAAUAAAUAAAAAAGUUCCUCGAUGGUCAUAUAAAUUAAUCGACGAAUUGGAACAACAGGAAGUAGCAACUGAAGAAAGUGGGGCAGAGGAUUAUCAAAUUCGUUCACGAAAAGCCAAACGUGUCGUAAUUUUUACUAAUAGUCCGGAGAAUACCGAUACUAAUGAAAAAGAGACUGAUAAUUCUGAUCAAGCUGAAGAGGUGGAUUUGAUACGUUAUUCACAACAACCGGAUUUUCGUCGAGAUAUAAUAAAAGGCUCUAUACGAGCUCAAAGGCGUAAAAUAAUUAUUUUGGAACUGUUUCAAGCAAAUGUGUAUUCCGCCCUUUUUUUGGAUAGAGUAGACAAACCUCCCCUCUUUUCUUUUGAUAUCCCCGAUCUAAUGAAAAUAAUUUUUAUAAAUUUGAUUUGGAAAAAGAAUAAAUUCAAAAUUUCGGAUCAUACAAAGGAAAAGACAAAAGAAAGUGCGAAAGAAGAGAAGGCCAAAAGAGAAAUAGACAAAAAAGCGGAGAAAACUCGUAUAGAGAUAGGGGAACUUUGGGAUAGCAUUAUAUUUGCUCAAGUAAUAAGAGGUUUUGCAUUAGUAAUCCAAUCAAUUCUUAGAAAAUAUAUUAUAUUACCUUCAUUAAUAAUAUCUAAAAAUCUUGUUCGUAUACUCUUAUUUCAAUUUCCCGAAUGGUCCGAAGAUUUAAAGGAUUGGACUAAAGAAAUCCAUAUUAAAUGUACCUAUAAUGGCGUUCAAUUAUCAGAAAAAGAAUUUCCGAAAAACUGGUUAACAGACGGUAUUCAGAUAAAGAUUCUAUUUCCUUUUCGUCUGAAACCUUGGCGCAGAUCUAAGUUACGAUUCCCUAAUAAAGAUCCAAUUCAAAAGAAAGGGAAAAAACAAAAAAAUGAUUUUUGUUUUUUAACAGUUUGGGGAAUGGAAACUGAAUUACCUUUUGGUUCUCCCCGACAACAAAUCUCAUUUUUUGAACCCAUUUUAAAAAAAUUAAAAAAAAUAAAAUUAAAAUUGCAAAAAAAAUGUUUUCUAGUUCUAAGAGUUUUAAAAGAAAGAACAAAAUCUUUUCUAAAUGUAUUAAAAGAAACAAAAAAAUGGGUCAUCAAAAGCAUUCUCUUUCUAAAAAAAAGAAUCAAAGAACUCUCAAAAAUAAACCAAAUUCUAUCAUUUGGAUUGAAAAAAAUAGAAAGAUAUAAAUUGAGUGAACCUAAAAAAGAAAAAAAUUCGAUAAUCCAUAAUCAAAUUAUUCCCGAAUCGUCUAUUCAAAUUCGAUUUUUGGAUUGUGCAACUUACUCAUUGACAGAAAAAAAGAUUCAAAAUUUAACUAAUAGAACAAACACAAUCAUAACUGAAAUAGAAAAAAUGAAAAAAGAUAAGCAAAUAGGGUUUCUAACUCGAGAGAUAAAUAUUAGCCCGACCAAAAUAAGUUAUGAAGAUAAAAGAUUAGAAUCACCAAAAAACAUUUGGCGGAUAUUAAAAAGAAAAAAUCUUCGAUUACGGCGUAAAUUACAUUUUUUUUUUAAAUUUUUGAUUGAAAAACUAUACAUAUAUAUCUUUCUAUGUAUCAUUAUUAUAUUUAGAAUCAUUGUGGAGCUUCUUCCUAAAUUAAAAAAAAAAAAUUUGAAUAAAUACAUUUACAAUAAUGAAGCAAAUCAAGAAAGAAUUGAUAAAACAAAUCAAAGUAUAAUUAACUUUAUUUUGACUAUAAAAAAGUCACUUUGUAUUAUUAAUAAAGAUUCACAUAUUUUUUGGGACUUAUCUUACUUGUCACAAGCAUAUGUAUUCUACAAAUUCUCACAAAUCCAAGUCAGUAACUUAUAUAAGUUAAGAUCUGUCUUUAACUAUUACGGAACAUCUUUCUUUCUUAAGAAUGAAAUAAAAGAGUAUUUUGUUGGAACGCAAGGAAUAUUUGAUUCCGAAUUAAGACAACAUAAAAACCUUCGAAAUUCUUUAAUUAAUGAAUGGAAAAACUGGCUAAAGGUUCAUUAUCAAUAUGAUUUAUCUCAGAUUAGAUGGUCUAGAUUAAUAUCACAAAAAUGGCGAAAUAGAGUCAAUCAAUAUCAAUGUCGUAUGACUAAAAAUAAAGAUUUAAACAAAUUUGAUUCAUAUGAAAAAAACCGAUUCAUUCAAUAUGAAAAACAAAAUUAUUUUGAAAUAGAUUCAUUACUAAAAAAGAACAAAAAAUUAAAAAAACAAUAUCAAUAUGAUCUUUUAUCGUAUAAAUCUAUUAAUUAUGAAGAUGAAAAAAACUCAUAUAUUUAUGGAUUGCCAUUACAAGUAAAUAAGAACAAAAAGAUUUCUUAUACUUACACACCUAAACGUAAACUAUUUGAUAUGAUAGAAGGUAUCCUUAUCAAUAAUUAUCGAGUAGAAAAUAAUAGUAUAGAUAUAAAAAAAAGUCCGGAUCGAAAAUCUUUUUAUUGGAAAAUUAUCCAUUUUUGUCUUACAAAGAAGAUUGAUAUUAAGGCUUGCGUUAAUAUUGAUACCAUCACUAAGAGGAAUCAAAAUACUAAGAUUAGUGUUAAUAAUUAUCAAAUAAUCGAUAAAUUUGAUAAAAAAAAAAAAGGUCUUUUUUAUCUCACGAUUCAUCAAGAAAUUCACCCAUUCAAUCAAAAACAAAAAAAGUCUCUCGCUGAUUGGAUGAGAAUGAAUGACGAAAUACUAAGUCGCCCCAUAUCGAAUCUUGCAUUUUUGUUAUUCCCAGAAUUUGGGAUAUUUUAUAAUACAUAUAAGAUUAAACCCUGGGCCAUACCAAUCAAAUUACUUCUUUUCAAUUUUAAUGUAAACCAAAAUGUUAAUAAACAUAAAAGCAUCACUGAAAAGAAAAAAAUAUCUCUUUUUUUAUUUUCGAAAAAAAAAACUCUUAAGUUAGAAAAUAGAAAUCAAGGAGAAAAAGAAUUAGUCGAAAAACCAUAUAUUAAAUCCGCUCUCUCAAACCAAAAAAAAGAUGGUGAACAAAGUUCUCCGGGAUCAGACAUGAAAAAACGUAGAAACAAAAAGCAAUACAAGACUAACAUAGAAGCAGAGCUUGAGUUUUUCUUAAAAAAGUAUUUGCGUUUUCAAUUGAGCUGGAAUGAUUCUUUAAAUCAAAGAAUAAUCAAUAACAUAAAAGUAUAUUGCCUCCUCCUUAGACUGAACAGUCCAAACGAAAUUGCUAUAUCCGCUAUUCAAAGAAAAGAAAUGAAUCCGCAUAUUCUGAUGAUCCAGAAGGAUUUAACUCUUACAGAAUUUCUAAAAAGCGGAAUAUUUAUUAUCGAACCAGUUCGUCUGUUUGUAAAAAAUGAUGGACAAUUUUAUAUAUAUCAAACCAUAGGUAUUUCAUUGGUUCAUAAGAAUAAGCACCAAAUUAAUCAAAGAUAUCUAGAAAAAAGUUAUGGCUAUGCUGACAAGAAUAAGAAGAAUUUUUAUGAAUCCAUUGGAAUACAUCAAAAAAUGACUGGAAAUACAGACAAAAAUCAUUAUGAUUUGCUUGUUCUUGAAAAUAUUUUAUCCCCGAAGCGUCGUAGAGAAUUGAGAAUUCAAAUCUUUUUGAAUUAUAGGGAUAUAAACAGUAUCUAUAGAAAUACAGUAUUUUUCAAUGGAAAUAGGAUAAAAAAUUGCGUGUUGAAUAAAAAAAAAAAUCUUGAUAACGAUAAAAAGAAACUAAUUAAAUUAAAGUUUUUUCUUUGGUCCAAUUAUCGAUUAGAAGAUUUAGCUUGUAUGAAUCGCUAUUGGUUUGAUACCAAUAAUGGUAGUCGUUUUAGUAUGACCAGGAUUCAUAUGUAUCCGCGAUUGCAAAUUUAUUAA